AUGCCGGUGAAACGUAAAGCUUCUGCUGCCAGAAUUACUCCUGUGGAUCCAUCAGAAGAAUUCUCGACUCCAGUGACAAAACGGCAGCGCACAACUGGGGCCGAGGCGACACGCAGAUCCAGAAGAUUGAGGGCUCGAAUCCUUCCACCGGGUACGAACCUUAAUAUUAAUCUUCUUCCAACGGAGAUAUUGGUCUGUAUAUUUAAGGAAUAUCUCCAAGGGAUAUCUGACGAUUCGAAUUCUUCCUUUGGGUCACCACUUGAGUCGGUGUGUGUUCUGGGUCACGUCUGCCAAAAAUGGAGGAACUUUCUUACUUCAGUCUUUGAUGACCGGAGAAGUACAAAUGACAACCAGGGUGUUUCGCCCGGACCCCAGACGACGAGUCCAGCAACUGUAGCUAAGAUUGCAACUGAGUACAAGAUAAAGAUGCUGGUUAUAUCAGUGUUUACCGGAGACUCGAAGGAUAUAUUCAAGCUCGACUCAAAGCUUCGCUCCAAGAAUCGCAGGGAGUUGGCGAUCCGCAAUCUCUGUCUCAUGGGUAUCAACCAUCAUUCAGCAGAAUUUAUCUUAACAAGUAAAUUCAAUGGACUACAAUCUAUCACGAUUAUGCACACCGAAACCAAUCGCAUUUGUCAGAUUCUGUCAAUAAUGAAGACGCCCAUUAUCUGCAAAAAGCUUAUAAUUCAUGGGUCAUGUAUAUCUACAUCAGAUAUGAAGACUAUUAGAUAUAGAAUUUAUACUCGGGAUAUCAGCAUCAACGCCAAGUCAGCCAUGGGAGACCUACCGAGUCGACACAGGAUCUCACGUCAAAUUUGUUGUCCUGUGAACUUCGAGCACCGCAAAUUUAAGUCAUUUCCGCCUCCACUCGAGAAGUUAACUGUGUCGGACGCCAGCGCGUUUGCGAUCAUCGAGCUUGGCCUAGAUAUUCACGAUCUCCGCGAGCUGAGCGUAGGGAUAGUAGCAUUCAACGGCAACGAGAGGCGCUGGCAUGGUACCCAAGAAACGAGGUUUUGGAGUGGCUUGCUCCGAGCGGGGGAGAAACUGGAGAAAAUAACUAUCAGUGGGUUGACUUGCGUGGAGGAUAUCACAGAUCUUCCUGAAGCGCUGGAAGAGAUGAACCCGGAGUGUGAAAUCACAUUUAGCGGGAGCAUUCCAGGCAACGUGAUCAGAGAGUUGAAGAAGAAAAUUCAGAUGAUGGAACUCGUAAGGGUGAAUUAUGGGGAGUAA